GAAAGAGUGUCGUUCUGUCGACACGCAGAGGCUGCAUCGGCUAUUCGUCUCUCCGUCAGAGUGUACCGCGCAGACAAGGAACCUAAGCCUACAUCGACGCGCACCAAGAAACACGAGGGAGAGGAAAGAGGGAUCACCACGAUGUGACAGUGACGAACGUGCGACGCUUCCAUGACCCGUCUCCGCUUCUUACCCUUCUCUUACCUGCCUUUUCUUACCCGUGAACGGAAAAUCGGUCAGAAAGCUGUGUACCCCGUUCUCGAAGUUCGUCAAUGAGCUUCGUCCGGAUUCUUCAAAGCGUCCGACCGGCCUCUCGUUGGCAAUUUUGGUCUUGACAAGUUCGAGGAAGGCACAACCUGUGACCUUGUAUCGCGAAACACGAAGACGAACCGUGACAGAGGAAAGUGAAACGCAGUGGACGCAGUGACAUAAUGGUGUGUCGUAGGGCGGAUCGUUAGGUCGACGUUCGAAACGAUGCAACGACGUUGGUAGUUACGAAACGACCGAACGAACGUAUCCGAGUUCACACGAACUGUUUCUUUCAAUUCUCCACGGCUAGGGCUAGGUUAACGUUGGUUCGUUUUCGCUUAUGGUAGAGCGGGAUAAUAUUACGCGAAUGAAAAAGAGAAGAGACGCGUGCUCGGUGGUUGAGCAACGAAUUCGAGACUUGUACGUUCCCAGGGGAACCGGUCGCCGGGCAGAGCGCGUGGAUAUGGUAACGAGGCAUUGUGCAAGGUCGGUAUGAACGGAGACUAAGGUCAGCUGGUACAGAUCGAUAUCCCGAAAUUGUCUCGGCAUAGUUGCCUCGUACGCGCGCCGCUUGUGAGAUCAGUGGUGUUUCGGGGGGCGGCGAAUAAUAGUGCGGGAGCGUGCUCGAGCGUGAAAAAAUUCGGCCGAUCGUAGAAAACGAAAGACGGGAGGAUGGAUGGCUGGAAGAGCUGGAAAAGGGCGGAGAAUUCGUUUCUCACAGCAUGGUAUCAGCGUGUCACAGAGUCUUACGUGGCGACAUGGUUCUUCGGGGUGUUUCAGACCAGCAGGAUGUCGACGAGCACCGCCACCGGAGGUGGAGGCGGCGGCGGGGGAGGAGGAAGUAGUGGUAGCGGCGGGGGAGGGGUCGGAGGUGCCCUGACAUUGAUGGGCUGCGUCAGGGAAGCGUCGCCCCCGCCGCAGAAUCAUCAAAAUCAACAUCAUCGAACGCACGGCCUCGGCGAGUACUCGGCACAGAACAGCGUCGAUCCGCUACCAAAAGAGCCAAAGAAGCGCCGCUUCCAUCCGCUUCGUGGCCUCAGGAGAAUCUUUCGGCGUAAAAGUCGGGGACCUGCGGAUGCUCGAGUGGUUGCAAGUCAUGUUGAUCGAGAUGCGGAACUCGUACGACUUCCGAGGGAAGACAUCACCGACAGACAUCCUGCGGGACGUCCCGAAGAGGCUCGCAGCAGGAGCGCCAGCGAGCUACUCACGGACUCGUGCGAUCGAGACAGCGGGCAAACCGCAUCGAGAAGGUGCAGGUUGACGACAUCCUCCAAGUCGCACCGCUCCUUCAAACACGUGUUCCUCAGGAGGACGGCCAUGGAGGAUUCGUUUGUGAAACUGCGAGGAGGAGCCGUAAAAUUGUCCGUUUCGCACGACAGCGUUUUCCCCGGAGAAGUUCCUCACACUCGACCUCUCUCGUCGCUGGCCAGCCUAGCUACCCUCGAGCGGAGGCAAACGAGAAAGAGCAACGAGAUCGAGCACAAGGAGUACAAUCAACACGUCGUGCAGAGGCACAGGAUAUCUCUUCGGGUGCUCGAGCAAAUAAAGACGGUCAUAGAGAACCGGAACCAGCUAGCCUCGGCGACCUCCUCGGAAACCACUAGCACCAUACACGCUGUCGGUGAACGUUAUCAGCAGGAAACCGCCGAGAAUCGUUUCAUCGGCUUCGAGAAGCAGAAUAAGAACGGAGAAGAAAAUCAAGCGAAGGACAAGAUCGAGGACAAGGAGUUCGGAUCGAUAAGAUCGGCGUGCAAAAUCGAGGAUCGGCCAAGACCAAAGCCAGAAAGCAGACGUACGAUCCUUCAGGCGAUGAAAGAGCAAUCCGUUCGAGCCGAAGAUACGAUCGAGGAUAAAGCGGAGGAUGAGUCGACAGGAUCUGUUAGAUCUUCGUACAGGAUCGAGGAUCGACCACGCUCGAAGCCGGAAACGAGACAGAGGAUCCCGCCGAUAAUCAAAGACGCGAGUCCACGGAUCGGGGAGACGAUCGAGGGCUCAAAAUCGCCAAAGGACACGAUCGAUCAUAUUAUACCUGUGGCCAAAGAAGAUUUACCGCAACUGGAAAGCGCCAGUUUAAACCAUACAGCGGCACAUCACCGAAUUGCGGUUCGACCCAAAAACCGGAGGCCUCCGAGGCGUACUGGCUCUCAAGCUGCCAACACAUCCACGUCGACGAUCACGACCAUAGCGGAGGAUUCGUUGGACAGCUUGGACCAGCAAACGGUCAGCGUGAACAGCAAUGCGUCUUCACCGACCGAACCGAAGAACGUGUCUAUCACGAGGAAAUCUUCGAGUAGAUUGUCGCGUGCGUCGGACAUUUUCGAGCAACUGGAAGCUAAACUUCCUAGAAAGCCACCUAGCGUGGCCUCUUUGUCCCCGGACAGCCUGGACGCCGUGACUGCGUCGAGAGCGAGCGUCGAGGUGAACGACGACUUGGAGAAGCAGCCAGAAGUUCGAUCGAUCGUCAGGAAAGCGUCGAAUCGAACACCAAAGAAUACAGAAAUGUUCGAAGAGCUGGAAUCGAAGCUACCUCGAAGGAGAUCCUCCAACAGAUUGUCGAAAUCACCUGACAGUCUAGAAGUGGCUCCCACUUGGUUCUCCAAAUCUACGGAAGGCUUCGACAAAUUAAUGGAAUACGAACAAGCGAAACCCGUGACUCGAAGACUGCUAAAUCCAAUCUCGAAGUCGAUCGAUCGCGUGUCCAAGUCUUCCGACAGCCUAGAAGCGAUAGAGACGUUAGCCAGUGACGAAUCCAUCGAGCGUAGGAGGAGCAGCUUCGAGUUGCGCGCUCGCAGAUCUUCCAAGAACAUAUCAAAGUCGUCGGAGAAUUUCGAGGUUUUGGAGCAAACGCAGAUUGGAACAGAGACUGUUCAAGAAUUGCAGAAGAGGAGCAGCAUUUCGGAUAUCAAUCUGUCUCGGGGAAGAAGGUUAUCGAAGAGUACGUCCAAGUCGUCGGAUGAUUUCGAGAGGAUCGAGAUAAGCGAGCCGAAGGACGAGGGGGAAAAUAUCGGAGAUAGUUUCGGGAAAUGCUGCAGGAGAUCCUCGAAACGUAUGUCGUCCGAAAGCUCUGACAAUUUGGAGUCGGAUGACAAAUUGGAAAACAGGAGAAUCAGGAGAACACCAAAAAGAAUACCGAGCACCAGUUACGUGGACAUCGUCCCAACGGACGAUGGAGAGGAAGAGAAAAUGCCGAUCUUGUUUAGGAAACCAGUCAGGCUUCAGAAAUCGUCUGAAAGCUCGGAACUUGGCAGCACGGAUACGUUGGAUUCUGAGAGGAGGAACAAGUCGUCCGAGAGUACCGAAACAUUGGACAGUUUGGAGAGAGAUUUAGAUCAGGAUAGGAAACACGAAGAUCUCGCGGACGCUGUUGCGGACAAACGCGACAAAAAUGAUCCUUGGACCAAUAAACCUCUAAUGACGUCGCAUUCGGAACAAAUUUCAAUGGCGGACGGCACGGAGGACUCCAAAUCCUUGAUCUCACCGGAUAAAUUCUACUGGCGCCAAUCAUCGGAAUCGAAGGAGAACAUCGACAUUCAUCAAUUAUUAGCCAUCACGAUAGUUACCAGAAUGGCCGACAACGGCAAUAACCAACGAAGCUCUGUGAUUUAUCCUAAGAAGAAGCAACAGAUCACCACGUCACAGCCUACCUCGCCAGUCGCUAAACAAGAAGAUAACAAGAUGAUCUUCGACAAUCUCCUCGUUAGUAAAAACGACGAAGAUUUGCAAAAUAUGUUAAACGGCAAUAUAUCCGAAGUAUCCACGGACACGAAGAGUUUCAAGGAGAAACUAAUCAUGUUCGAGAAACUCGGCAAAUGAACACUACACACAUCUACACACGUAAUUAAUUAACAGGCACGCGUUUGAUUGAUUUUCGCCUGUUUAAUGGAAAAAAAGGAUACACAAGAAGAGAAAUUGGUCGAGACUAUGCAAAACUUUUUUUCCUAUGUAAACUUUUUUAUAUCUGCAUUUCAUUUGUAGACUGAAUAAGCUGAAGGAAAUGAAAUAUAGGAACGAAGACGUUCGACUGGUUAAGACUAUAAGAUGGACAAUAAUGUAAAUUAUUUACUUCAAAUUUUUAUAAUGUUUUUCAUGAGGCAUAUCUUCGUUUCUCACUCGCAAACACCAAAAAAAAAAAAAAAAGAAAAAAAAAGAAACAAAGGAAAGUGGAAAGGUAAUCAAUAUGUAAAAAAAUUUUAAGUUGGUCUGUGGCGAGAAAGUUGUAAGGUCAACGUGUUUAAACAUAAUUACUGACCGUAAUUACUUGUAAAUCGCGUGUUAUUUAACUUGUUCCGUUGCAAUCGUAUUUUCUUCCUCCUUUUCUUUUUUCUACAUGUAACAAAAAUCACAUACACGAUAAGAUUACCGGUCAUAGCCGAAUGCAGUAUUAGGUGGUGCGCGAUAACGCGAAUCAAUAUACUCGCGUGUCGUGCUUACAAAUUCUUCUCGUGUUAGGAGCUUAGUGUUUCUUGUUGUACAGUAGCUUAGAGUCGCUAAUAAAUGUCGUGUUUCGUUCCACUGUGUAAAUACAAAAAGGAAAAACCCCAUUGCAAAAUUAGACACGAAAUAAAAGAAAUACGAAUAAAGAGAAUAUAUAAAAGAUAAUAUAGAAAAUAUAAUAGUCAAGAUGAUUUAAGGAGUGUUUAGUUCAAUGGCCAAAACGAGCCAUUAAGCGAACACAGGGUAUGUUGUUAAACGAAAACGUAGUUCAAUUAUAUUUAGAGAUGUUGUGGUAAAAUCUUUGGGAAAUGCUGCCUUUCCAUAUCAAUCUAGUAGUUUCUACGUGUCGGCGUCAAACCACGCGAAAUUGACAGAGAUUAUAUUCUGUAUUAUUAGAUAUUCGAUCUACUCUUUCCAGAUUUUGAAGAAGCGAUAAUGCUUUCAGUUGUUUUCUUUUUGUUAUGAGUAAUGCGAUAAACGAAAUGUAUCUUUUGAUUUUAAAUCGAAGAUUAUAUACGUUUGAGAAUUAUAAAUUCCACGUUGAGAUCAAAAUAAACCGUGUACGUUCAAAGGGAAACAGUGGAUCAUCGUGGGGUGAAGAAAAGACGUUAGAGCGUAUCGUCUUCAUCACGUAAUACCGCGUGACAAGACAAGAUACUUCUUUCCAGUCUUUUAAGUGCCUUAACGAAGUACCAAGGAAUCGACUGGUUGCGGACAUUGUUGGAUAAAUCGCGCAGAAACGUUUAUCACUUUCCUCCCUAUUGACCACCUCCCCUUUUAGUUUUUUAGUUAACUGUAAAAGUCUCAAACUCCAAAAGAUACGCGUAGAUUGUUAAGUUAAUGAGACAUAAAUAGAGAAUUGAAUUAACCAUCACUAUAACGUAUAAGAACUGGCAUAAUUGAAAGAAGAAUAUAAAUAAAUAAAUAUAUAUAUAAAUAAAUACGCGUAUAUACAAAUAUAAAUAUAUGUAUAUAUACAUAUAUAUAUAUAUAUAUUUAUAUAUUUAUAUUUGUAUACAUAUUAUAGUAUAUAUAAAUACAUAUAAAUAUAUACAGGCAUAUAAUACAGAAAGAGCAAAACUCGCCCAUUUUAAUGUAAAUAAAGCUGCCAUCGUAAUUACA